GGUACGACAAUCCAAGAUCAAACAGAAUUAGGUGGGAACUUUGUGUGCUCUGAGUAACACUGUAACAGUUUGCCUUUGCGCCAUUGACAGCGAUUUCUUCGAUACUAACGAAGAAGGAACGGGGAAGAACUUCUCAAACCAACACUAGAAUUCAAUUCGGCAGCAGCUGAACAAUGCUUUCCGUUAGAUCCAUCUUCCGGCCUCUCCGCCAUUCCAGGCAUUCAAUCUGCUUCCUACAUUCAGCUGCUGCUUCCCCUUCUUCAUCUUCUUCUUCAGCCGCUGCAAUUGAGGCUGGCCGAGCAAUCAGAGAAGGUCCACGCAACGAUUGGACCCGACCGGAGAUCACCGACGUCUACCAAUCCCCUCUACUCGAUCUCCUCUUCCAUGGAGCUGAGGUUCAUAGACAUGCUCAUAACUUCAGGGAAGUUCAGCAAUGCACUCUGCUUUCCAUUAAGACCGGUGGGUGUAGCGAGGACUGUUCUUACUGCCCUCAGUCGUCUCGUUACCAGACUGGUUUGAAAGCCCAGAAGCUCAUGAACAAAGAUGCUGUUCUGGAGGCUGCAAAAAGGGCUAAAGAGGCUGGCAGCACACGUUUUUGCAUGGGUGCAGCCUGGCGAGAUACAGUAGGAAGGAAGACCAACUUCAACCAGAUACUUGAUUAUGUAAAAGAAAUAAGGGGAAUGGGAAUGGAGGUUUGCUGCACCUUGGGAAUGCUAGAGAAGGAGCAGGCUGCAGAACUCAAGAAGGCUGGCCUUACAGCUUAUAAUCACAAUCUUGAUACCUCAAGAGAGUAUUACUCCAAUGUUAUCACUACAAGAUCAUAUGAUGAACGUCUUAAAACCCUGGAACAUGUCCAGGAAGCUGGUAUUCAUGUCUGCUCAGGAGGCAUAAUCGGGCUGGGGGAAGCAGAGGAAGACAGGGUCGGUCUGUUGCAUACGUUAGCAACACUUCCUAAGCACCCAGAGAGUGUUCCUGUUAAUGCUCUUGUUGCAGUGAAAGGCACACCUCUGGAAGACCAAAAGCCUGUGGAAAUAUGGGAAAUGGUGCGGAUGAUUGCGACAGCACGUAUAGUGAUGCCGAAAGCAAUGGUGAGGCUGUCAGCUGGGAGAGUGCGUUUCUCGAUGGCCGAGCAGACGCUUUGUUUUAUGGCCGGUGCAAACUCGAUCUUCACUGGGGAGAAGCUGCUGACGACUCCUAACAAUGAUUACAAUGCUGAUCAACAAAUGUUCAAGCUCCUUGGCUUGACCCCCAAACCACCAAGUUUUGGUGAAGAAACUGAGGAUUGCCAGCAAGAAGCUGCUGCUGUUUCAGGUUCAGGUUGAGAAAACUUUAAAAUGUGAGGCCCUGCUGUAGUAGACCUAGAUUCUUGUUUUGUUUGGAUGUUAGGCAGCAAGAGAAGAAGAUAUGUUGUUGUAAGUUAAAUUUAGGCAUCGACAACAAUUCGAUUCACACCAAACCAACGUUUGAAUUGGAUCUGAUCGAACUGCGUCAUAAUUCUAUUCAAUAUUUAGAAUUUUUUGUUUCAGUUUCAUUGAAUUCCUUUGAAACCGAAUCGAAUCAAAUAGAAUCGAGCAAGUUUUUACUCCAGUUCUGGCCUCCUUAUAUGUCUUUCAUUUCAGUUCAUUUGUAUGCCAAUUUCGAAUUGAUU